GACCCCUGUCACCACUCUAAUCCUCACUCUUGGUGACGCAACGGAGUUGUUGAAUUGACACUUGCCUUGAUCAAGACACAAAACAUGGAGUCGCAUCUGAGUCAUUUGCAAAAAACCUGGCAACUUGUGGAAAGGCUUACCGGGUCAAACUGCCAUGUGUUUCUAGAUGGUGACUCGCUGAGUUUAGGAGCAGUUGUAGCCGUUUCAAGAUCUUUGGCAAAGGUGUCAGUGCACGACCCAGAGCAGCUAGCUCAACGCCUAGACGAAGGCGCGAAAACUCUUACACGCCUCCUUGAUAGGAACGAGCAGGUCUAUGGAGUCAAUACGGGAUGUGGAAGCAAUGCGGAUACUCGGACGGAGCAACUGCGCAUCCUUCAACAUUCAUUUUUGCAACACCAGCAAUGCGGGAUCCUUCCUGAUAUGGCCUCUGCCGGGUUGAGCGCCAUGGAAGAGAAUAGUCACAGCCUUCCCUCGGAUAUUGUCCGUGCCACCAUUCUUUUGCGCUGCAACUCGCUUCUCCGCGGACACUCGGGUGUGAGGAUCAAGAUCAUUGACCUUCUACUCUAUGCGUUGAAUGAGGACAUCACUCCAGUAGUCCCUCUGCGUGGGAGUCUUUCUGCUUCCGGAGAUCUCUCUCCGUUGUCUUACAUCGGUGGGUUAAUCGAAGGGAGCCCCGACGUUUACGUCCGGAUGAAAGAGAAUGGCAAGGCACGAGUCAUGACUGCUGAAACAGCCCUGCAGCAAGCGAAUAUUCGUCCUUUGUCACUGAAUGCCAAGGAAGGCCUAAGUAUUGUAAACGGCACUGCUGUUAGCGCUGCUGCCGCGUCAUUAGUGUUAUACGAUAGCCAUAAUUUGGCCCUUUUCUCGCAGGUUCUUACGGCCAUGGCAACAGAAGCCCUGCUAGGCGCUGUCGACAACUACCAUGAGUUCAUCUCUAAAUGUCGACCACACCCAGGCCAGACAGAGGUAGCAAGAAAUAUUUGCUCCUGUCUUCGAGGAUCUCGUCUCCCUCAGGAUACGGAUGUGAAUAAAUUGGGGCUGGUCCAGGACCGAUAUGCUUUGCGUACUGCACCGCAGUGGAUUGGACCCCAGCUUGAAGAUCUUUUGACUGCAGAUCGACAGAUUGAUAUUGAACUGAAUUCGUCUACGGAUAAUCCACUAAUCGACGUGUCAAGGGAUCGCUUUCACCACGGGGGUAAUUUCCAAGCGGCUUCGGUAACUUCUGCCAUGGAGAAAGUCCGUGGUGCGCUGGUUAUGCUGGGAAAGAUCCUCCUUGGGCAAUGUAACGAGCUUAUCAAUCCCUUCCAGAACGGAGGUCUGCCCCCAAAUCUUUGUGCAGACGAUCCCAGUCUCUCUUUCGCAGUCAAAGGGUUAGACGUUCAUAUGACGGCAUAUUACUCCGAGUUGGCCUACCUCACCAAUUCGGUUGCUAGUCAUGUCCAGACCGCCGAGAUGGGGAAUCAGUCAGUCAAUUCUUUGGCACUCAUCUCUGCGCGGUACACAGGCCAAUCGGUGCAACUUCUGUCGAUGAUGUGUGCUGCACAUUUGUACGUCCUUUGCCAAGCAUUGGAUCUCCGUGCCCUCAGCCUAGAUUUUUUCGCUACUGCCAAAACAGAGACAAGCGAUAUGUAUUGCAAGAUCUUCAUAACUGAUGAAGAACUGGAUUCCUCUCAAUUUGAGAACGUAUGGUUCCAGAUCGAAUCGACCUGGCUAAGCACGGCCCAGCUGGAUCUUAGCGAUCGCUGUGAGAAGGUAGCUGCGCAAUCUGUUGCGUACCUCAUGAAUGAAAGGUUUAUGGGACCAACAACUCCCUCCCCCCAAUUCUGCAGCUCGAUCAAGCGAUGGAGAGAAAGGCUAUCUUGCCUGCUUUGCGAUCUUUACAACCAUACUCGAGCUGGUUUCACUAAAAGUCCUUCUACCCCCUCCUAUCUCGGUGAAGUGACCAGAUCCACGUAUGAAUUUGUGCGACACAAACUUGCCGUGCCAUUCCAUCGGGGAGUCAGCGACCACCCAACCAUUAUCGGUAACAGUGCUACCGGCGAAUCGAAAAAGACAAUCGGGUUUCACGUUACCCGCAUUUAUGUCGCAGUCGAGAAUGGUGACCUUAUGAAGCCGAUCAAGCCGAUUCUCAAGCCUCAAUAAAGACCUUUAUUUCUUCUUGGCAGCUGUGUCAUGUCAUUCCCAAGCUUACCAGCUGGACCAAUUGAUUGAUCUACACGACUGCACUGUCUCUGCUAUACCCUCUUCUUCAAAUUAAUAUGUCCGCGCGGAAGAUACAGGGAAUCUAUGACACCCCGUCAUGGUUGCGCAGUCAUUAAUCAAGCCGUUGUUACCAGAAAUUGCAAGUAGCCAGUGUAGUCGGCCUUGGAUUUUUGACGCUGGACCAAUGAGAGACUGAAUAGGCUUCUGAGAACCAGA